AUGCCGCCUCCUGUCCUUUCAAAGCUAUGGCCCGGUCCCCCAGAGUCGAGCGAGAAAGCUCCCAGACAGAGCUUUCUGGCUCGCCGGCCGGCUAUACCGCAUCGCAUCCUCCACUCCCUCAUAUACUUCGUUGCGUUCGUUAUGCUGCUGCUCGUGCAGAUAGGCAAUCUAUCAGACCGACUCGUCCUGCGAGAUAUCUAUUUCCUCAAGAUCGAUCUCUCCAACAUCGUUCCUCUGACUGUUCCCAAUGCUGUACUCAUCAACAGUAUCGCCCGAACUAUAGGGCUGCAUGAUUUCUACCAGGUUGGCCUCUGGGGCUUCUGUGAAGGAUACGGAGACGGUUCCGGCAUCACUCGCUGUUCCAAGCCAAAGCCGACAUAUGCCUUUAACCCAGUUGAAAUUAUUACCAGUGAACUACUGGCCGGCGCCACAAAGACCCUGCUGAUCAUCCCAGUUGUUUUGCCUAGUGGAAUCACCCGUGCCCUGAACAUCGCCCGCGUAGCUUCAAACUGGAUGUUCGGCUUCUUUAUCACUGCUACCAUCCUCACAUUCCUUUGCAUGAUCCUAACUCCCUUCUCCAUACCCUCGUCAGCAGCCAUUCUCUCGGCGCCAAACUAUUCCUCCUACUACCGCGCAAAGAAAAGAGCCGCACCAAGCAAGAUCGCGAUCCCCAUCGCCAUUCUUGCAUGGGGUGCCUGGUUCACUGCCUCUGCUGGAGCCGCCGUUGCAACGGUCAUGUUCGUCAUCUUCCAGGUCGUCUUCGAGAAUAACGCUGCAGACCUCAAUGUCCAUGCCGAACUAGGCAUUGCGAUGAUGGCGCUGAUGUGGAUCCCCGUUGCUCUUGUUACCAUUGGAUUCCUCCUACAACUCCGAAAGUUGACUGGCUCGUGCCGCAACUGCUGUUAUUACUGCUGUUGCUGCUGUCUUUUCCCAUCCGCUAGGAAAGCCCAUGAAAACUCCAAGAUUACAAGAUAG